ACCGCAGGUGUGACGCACCUGUCAGUCACGUGCACUUAACCGUAUGACUGCGACGUCAUGUCACAACUUUCAUUUUAAUUUUUUUUAAUGGGAACGCAAAGUCCUACGAAGUGAAAAAUGGGAUGUUGUUUUUCCUCUCGCAAUGAAGACGCAGAGAGAGAACCGUUGCUUCAGUCUAAAGAACAAAAUCAACCAGAAUCUGCAAGGCGACACCCAGCUGUUGCUUCUAAUGGCCAGAAGACAGGCAGCUUUACUGCCCGGCACGUCGGCGUUCCUGACCUCGACCAGCGUUUCAAGGACAUUUCGGAAACAUUCAACAAACAGCAGGGGCAAUAUCAACAUAUGAAGGAAAAGCUCCAGCGCAUCUCAGACCGCUACAAGUUGUCCACUAAUGACAGCAUGUCACAGUGCCUGAAAAAAAUUAAAGAGGAACAUGAUCAAUCAGUUAUCAGUCUGGAGGUUAAAGGAUAUGACUUCACCCUUGUAGUGAGGUCAGAGGCUGAAAUUCCAGACAAACUGAAGCGGACGCAGAUGAACAUCACAGAGCUGUGCAAAGCUGCCAAGGGUGUCAUGUCUGGAGGCACUAAACUCCAGGAAAUGAUUGACUCGGUUCUGCAAGAUGAAGAAAGCAUCACCAAGCAGGUCGAAGACGCUACAUCAAGUCAUCAAGAACGUAAAAGGCUAGUUGACAAUCUAAAGGAAAACCUCAAAGAGGCGAGAAGAGCUAAAGAACUGAGUCCAAAGUACAGGAACGAGGCUGGAGAUCUUAUAAAGGAGGUUGCUCAGUUGUCUGGUAUCACACCGUGAAAUUAGAUACUGUAUCACGCACGGCAUAGCUGUUUGCAAAUAUGUUAUUAUGUAAAUAUUAUUUAAAGGUGUGAAGGAUAUAUUUAGACCCAGGUGGAAAAAUUACUGUGUUGCAAUAACAGAUCAAAGUCAUGCUUUUGUUUGAGCGAGUGUUGCAGUAUGUCAGGAUGUUCAAAUUAAAAGAGCAAUGUUCUUACAGUUUUAAGGGAUAUCUUGGUUCGUUGCAGGACAGAGUAUUUUAACAUCACAAAAUUACACACAUAUGAUUUAGGUGAUGUGAUAUAUCAAGUGGAUGGAUAAAAAUCAUAUUAUAACUUGCUAAACAAUAAAGAAACCGAAGGCAGAAGUGAAGCAGAAGGACAUGAAUAAAUGCACAACUAUUGUUUUGAUAGUGGGCA